AUUCCCUAAACCUAAUUAGGCUUCAGAAAUCGGACAGCGCGGGACGAGUGCAUAUUGAAAUCUCUGGUGGUCGAUCAUCGUUCCUUGACAGAGUUUUGCGGAUCGAAGGCGAUGGAUAGUUAUGGCGGCGGCGGAUACUGCGUGGACGACAAGGCGGUGCGUGUGGAGAACAUUUUUCUGGAGUUCCUCAAGACCUACAGAGACGAUAAUGGCGGCUACGAGACGGAAGUGGAGGCUAUGAGGCCUAACGAAUCCAACACUAUGUUUAUUGACUUCUCCCACGUUAUGCGCUUCAACGACGUUCUGCAGAAGGCCAUUUCGGAGGAAUUUCUUCGAUUCGAGCCUUACCUGAAGAACGCUUGCAAAAGGUUUGUGAUGGAACUCAAGCCUGCUUUCAUAACCGACGACAGUCCGAACAAAGAUAUCAAUAUCUCGUUCUACAAUCUCCCCUUGAUUAAGAGACUGAGGGAGCUAACCACGACGGAGAUCGGAAAGUUAGUGUCGGUGAGCGGUGUGGUCACACGCACCAGUGAGGUUCGGCCGGAGCUUCUUCUCGGCACAUUCAAGUGCUUAGAAUGUGGAAAUGUCAUAAAAGACGUUGAACAGCAGUACAAAUACACUGAGCCAAUUAUCUGCAUGAAUGCAACGUGCCAGAAUAGAACAAAGUGGGCUUUGCUGAGACAAGAUAGCAAAUUUACAGAUUGGCAGAGGGUCCGUAUGCAGGAGACAUCCAAGGAAAUACCUCCGGGUUCGCUACCAAGAUCACUAGAUAUCAUCCUUCGCGGUGAUAUUGUUGAGCAAGCCAGGGCUGGUGACACGGUUGUGUUUACUGGCACUCUUGUUGCUUUGCCUGAUAUUAUGGCAUUGGCCUCUCCCGGGGAAAGAGCUGAAUGUCGCCGGGAAUCCUCUAGUAAGAAUUCUGCAGCUGGUCAAGAUGGUGUAAGAGGCCUUCGUGCAUUAGGUGUUAGGGACCUAUCCUAUCGGCUUGCCUUCAUUGCGAACUCUGUGCAGAUUUGUGAUGGGAGAAGGGUUGCUGAUAUUCGUAACAGGAGAGAUGAUGAAGAUGAGAGUCAGCAAGUAACACCGGAAGAGAAGGCCGAAGCCCAUCAGAUGAAGAACACACCUGACUUCUUCAAUAAGCUUGUUGAUAGCAUUGCACCCACAGUUUUUGGUCACCAAGAUAUUAAACGUGCAGUUCUUCUCAUGCUUAUGGGAGGCGUCCAUAAAAUUACACACGAAGGCAUCAACUUAAGGGGUGAUAUAAAUGUUUGUAUUGUGGGAGACCCCAGCUGUGCAAAGUCGCAAUUCCUCAAGUAUACGUCAGGUCUGAUUCCAAGAUCUGUCUAUACAUCAGGGAAAUCCUCAUCUGCUGCUGGGCUGACUGCCACUGUUGCCAAAGAACCGGAGACUGGUGAAUUUUGCAUUGAGGCUGGUGCACUGAUGCUCGCUGACAAUGGCAUAUGCUGUAUAGAUGAAUUUGAUAAGAUGGAUACAAGAGAUCAGGUUGCCAUUCAUGAAGCCAUGGAACAACAGACAAUAAGCAUAACUAAAGCUGGUAUACAGGCAACUUUAAAUGCUAGAACAUCAAUAUUAGCUGCUGCAAAUCCAACAGGUGGCAGAUAUGAUAAGACUAAACCUCUGAAGUACAACGUUGCACUUCCUCCGGCUAUUCUUUCAAGGUUUGACCUUGUAUAUGUGAUAAUUGAUGACCCGGAGGAACAAGUUGAUUACCAUAUCGCUCAUCAUAUUGUGAGAGUCCAUCAGCAGCAGGAAGAGGCACUUUCUCCUGCAUUUACAACUGCACAAUUGAAGCGUUACAUCUCGUAUGCAAAGACUCUGAAACCAAUGCUGAGCCCUGAAGCAAGGCAAUUGUUGGUCGAAUCUUAUGUGUCCCUUCGCAGAGGAGAUGCAACUCCCGGUAGCAGAGUUGCAUACCGAAUGACUGUAAGACAACUGGAGGCUCUGAUUCGGCUCUCGGAGGCACUUGCACGAAGUCAUUUAGACAAAGAGGUUCUUCCUCAUCACGUGCGACUAGCAGUGAGGUUGCUGAAGACAUCAAUAAUCAACGUGGAAUCGAGUGAGAUUGAUCUAUCAGAGUUUCAGGAAGAGAAUAACGACAACGAAAAUGAUGCUAACAAUGGCGGCAAUGACAAUGAAGAGCAUGCAUCCGGUCAAGGUGAUGCUGAUAAUUCUGCCAGCAGACAAGGAAAGAAAUUAGUGAUCAGCGACGAAUACUUUCAAAAAGUUACUCGUGCGCUCAUCAUGCGACUUAGACAACAUGAAGAGACUCUGUCACAAGAAGGGUUGUCUGGGUUGAAGCAAAGGGAUCUGAUCCAAUGGUACAUCGGGCAGCAGAAUGAGAAAAACAGUUACAGCUCCAUGGAAGAGGCAGCAGCCGAAGUCACAAAAGUAAAGGCCAUUGUAGAGAGCUUGGUACAAAGGGAAGGGUAUUUGAUCGUUGUAGACGACGGCCAGCGACCGGACGACGGAGAAAGUGCUCGGCCCUUGUCAAGAAAUGACAGGAUUUUAGCUGUGGCACCAAAUUAUGUUGUUGAUUGAUUCCAUUUCUCCUGGUGAGUUUUUAUCUUUUGCCAUUUUAUCUGUAGAUUUGAAAAUGCUGUUUUAUCUAUCUAUACGUCCUAACCAAUUUUCGGAGAAUAUAGAGAUUAGAAGUAGAACUUGGUUUUGAAUGCAUGAAAUUGGAUUUUAGGGUUCUUGAUAUUAUGAUUAGUAAAUUUGAUUGAAAUUAACCUAAUCAUUCAUUAAACAACAUUUCUUAGAGUUGGGGGGCUAAUAUGUACUCUCUCCGUCU